AUGAUGAACCACUCUGACUUGGAAGAGCUUCUUGAGGAGACGGAGCAGCCUCAGCGGAAGUGGAGCUUCCCCACUCGCGUCCUGGUGAUUCUGGGAGUUGUCGGGCUGGCAAGCUUGGGUGUUCUCUCAUUCCGUGGAAAGGGGCUUCGAAGCAAGUCCGGCGAAUUUGUGGGUCUUCAGGAAGUCGAUGUUGACGAUGAUGUCGAUGAUGGUGAUGAAGAGGUUACUACUUGCUUUGUUCAGGGCAUGUACUAUGCAAAUCCGGUCAAGCUUCCUGGGACUGAGAGGACUGUAGAAAUGAGCGCAGAAAGUUGCCAACAACGGUGCCAAGUGGUUGACUUCUGUGCACAUUUCACGUUUUGGCCAGAUGGUGGAUGUCUCCUGACUGGUGAAGAGUCCACACCGAAGACUGCCCCAGCCAAGUACGCGGAUCUCAUGUACGGACCCAAGUAUUGUCAACCAGCGAUUGAUGCUGCAAAGGUACAGAUCGACCAUGCAGCCCAGGUAGCUGAUGAAGUCGCAGCUGCAGGUGGCUCCGGGCUGCAACCCAUUGCCGAGGCUGGGGCCUCUGGACUUCAGCCCAUUGCUGAUGCCGGGGCCUCUGGUCUUCAGCCGAUUGCAGAUGCUGGAGCGUCUGGAUUGCAAGCUAUGUCUGAGGGCACUUCUGGGCUUCAGCAGGCAACCUUGGGCACCAGCUUGGAUGACACGCCCGAAAUGCAGGAAAAGAUCGCGAAAACCGCAGGUGAAAUCACUGAGAUGAUCCCCGGUGUCAACGGCACCUCUUGCAGCAAGUAUCCUGCAUGCGUGGCCGCGGGGAUGCUUGGAGAGUGCUGCCCCAACGCCCAGUCUGUGAAACUGGGCUGCUGCAAUGGCUUUCCUGAGGCAGCACCUGUCUUGAAGAUCACUGCUGGUGCCGAAUGCUCUGCGUUCCCUGCCUGUGUCGCCCUCAACAUGACCGGCGCUUGCUGCCCCACUGCCACUGGCUUGCAAUUGGGAUGCUGCUCUCAGAUCUGA